AUGGCCAACAACUCCGACGCUGCGACCGUGACGCUCGACAUCGUGUCGCCGUCCGUGGGCGUGCCCACCCCGCUCACGUUUCCGGACCUACCGGCGCACACAACCAUUGCCCAGUUACAGGACAAGAUUCGCAUGAACCUAACGCUACCGAACCGCGAUGCUGUUGCCAUGAGGUUGAUUUAUCAUGGGCGGAUGCUGGCUCAACCCGACAUGAGAUUGUCAGAUGCUUUCGGAGCAGAUGCUUUUCACACUGAUAACCGCCGCGUCCUACAUGUCGUCUUGAUGGUGCCUGCAGGAACGGAGACGUCACCGACAGCGACAUCCACCUCUCAGCCCGUGGCCACCACCGCCCGUGACAUUAUUGCACAGAACCAACGAGAGCGAGCAGCCCGGAAUAGCCUCGGUAUACAGGACCAGCCCGUUCAGUUACCUGCCGUCUCGCAACCAGCAGAACCAUCGUCGAUGACGACUACGGGUAGCGCACUGGAUACAACAUCCAACCUUGCCAGCGUCCCCUUUCCAACUGGGCAAGCAUCCGGCAGCUCCAGUGAUGCGUUGUGGAGUGAGACUGCGCAAAAUAUGGCCGAGAUCCGGGCUAGGGAACAGGCAACUAGGUUCCUAGAACAGCUGCAAGCAACCCGAGUUCGGCAGGAAUGGAUCAACCAGCUUAGUUUACAACUCCAUGGCAACACCGAACAGUUGCAAGCAACCCGAAUGGUCAGCCAGCUCAGUUCGCAAACCCAGGCGGCCCCGACUCCCCACAAUCAACUGUCACAGCAAGCUUCCAGCCAGCAGAGUGGCUUAGUUCAGGCAUCUGCACCUGAAGUGUAUAUCCUGAACUCUCCAGAGGGUCCGUAUGCUGUCCUUCUCAACAAUGGUGGUGUUUAUACCUCGCUACCAAUUAGGCAGCCUUUGGGUUCUAGCACAGGGACAAACUCGGCUGAGAUGCCGACAGAACCCCUUGCAAAUCCGUUCACGGCCCACGUCCCGGCCGGUGGUCUUCAGUCUGCCCACAGCCAGCUACCCGCCGCGAAUAACGACAUCGGAGCAACAGAAGACGCCGAUUUCGUGGAGCGGUGGCGGCAAGACGGUCAACGACGGCAAUUUGAGCUCAGGCAACGAUACGUGCAGCUCAGACAGCAGCAUGAGCGCGUACAGGAGCAACUGGCCUUGCGGCGCAUGCAGGAUGCUCGUCGAGUAAUUCCAUGGGCACGCCAUCCCAACCCCCAAGGAGCAGGGGCUAUUUUUCAGGCCAUAUGGCCCCAUCUAUGGCUGGUAAUACGUCUGGUGCUGCUUAUGCUAUGGUUCACAAGCGGCUUGGGCUGGUCGUGGACGCGCUGGUGUGGUGUCGUCGCGGUUCUUUUUGCUAUCAUCGUCAUCAACUCUGGCUUGCUCAACGGUCGGCUAGAGAAUGCGUGGCAGCCGGUUCGGCAGCAUUUGGAACGCCUUCUCCCAUUAGCUGACCAACCCCAGGCAAAUGCGGCAGGAGGCGCAGUCCCACCAGCUGCUGCACCCGGUGGUGCAAACAACCGUCAAGAACAGCCGCCUCCUGUUGCAGAUCGACAGAACGCACGUGUUCCACCGGAUCCCCGUGAGGCUGCUGAGAGAAUGGUGGCCGCUCGAAGAGAGGCGAACGCCAACUGGCUCCUUGACCAGGUUCGGCGAGUGGAGCGUGCUGGUCUUCUCUUUCUUGCCAGUAUUGCCCCUGGUGUUGCAGAGCGUCAUAUUGCGCAUAUUGAAGCGGAAGCCAGGGCCGAACGGCAAAGGCGUGAAGCUGCUGAGGCAGAGGCCGCCGCCGCCGCCGCCGCUGCUGCUGCUGCUACUGCUGCUACUGCUGCUACCGCGGAAAACGGAAAUAGCACAGAAGGGGGAGACCAGGCGUCGGAAAAGCCCUUAGCGCCCACAAAUGGGUUAUCUACUUCAGCUACUGGAGAUCAACCUGAAGAGCAAGUUGGGGGUCAGGAAACACCCAGCACUGGCAUUCAAGGCGAAUAUCAAGAUCUUGUGUACAGUGGACGCCCGGUCUUGGCUGUUGUUACUUUGGAGGGAAGCAUAGCUAUUGGCGAUGGCUUCAGUAUCAGAGACUCAUCUGUUGCAGAUAAUGGAGAUGGCGUCAUCAGAACGAAAAUCCCUGCGCCGAGACGGUUUCACCCGUAUGCAAGACCACAUAGUCAAUGGGGACUUGGCGAGAGGCCGACAACUGAGUAUGGCAGCUUGAGCGAUCAAGAAUCGAGAGAUUCAGGGUCGACACAGAGACGAAAAGGACAAAAGGUAAAGCAGUCUUCAACAAGGAGAAGAAAUGGGACUAGGCCUGGAGUGCAUGUCGGCACUGUAUACAAUGUCAGCAACGACACAUGGACGUUGGGUGCUGGUUGUCAACCCUCGCGUGACGUGAGCAAUAGUCCAGAGGCUGAGACGCAAGAGCUAGCUAGCCCCGUGGGACAAGCUCAAGCGAUCCUCGAUAACAUUCAGCAGUGGUCAACACAUAUCAACAAGGUGUUUGCACCUACUGCUGUCUCGACAGUCAUCGGCUCCUCUGAUGUAGACUCCUCAGACCCUGAGGAUUCAGUCACAACUAUAGAGGCGGAUAAGUAUCCGGUCAGAGCUCCCUUGGCUGGAGACUUCAAUAACUCUGUCGGCCCUUCAGAAACUGGAUUACCAGUCGAAGUGAUUGAAGCCCUGGACAACGAUGACAUGGAGACUGACUUUAUCUUUUCCGAUUGGUUGGACUAUCCAGAGAGCGAAGCGGACGGCAGCUAG